AUGCGCCCCCGCAAAACGCGCCUUGGGGGACCUGAUGGGCCUUUUCUCCAUUCCCGGCAGCUCCCCCCCCACCGGAACUUCUACCGGCUGAUGAACACGGCGCUGGGCAUCGUCCGUCUUUCCGGCCAGAGUUCCCUCUUCUGCCCGCUGUCGCUGAACGGAAGCCUGGGGCUCCGACCGGGCAGCCCCGUGGCCCUGCCGAACCUCCAGUACGAGCCGUCUCUGGAUUAUCACACGAGCGCCAUUCUUGCCACCGCCCUGGACACGCUAACCGUCCCCUACCGGCUCCAGAACUCGGACAUCACCAUGACCAACCUGACCGAAACCCUGAAUUUCUCCGGAAGGAAGGUCGCAGAGGCCUCGGCCGCCCUGCCCUUCUCCGUGAUGGAAGACCAGUCCCUUCCCGACGCGUUGUACGACCAACAACCGAGCGCGGCCUGGUGUCCGUUGUCGUCUUGCGGCAACCGAAGCGAUGCCGGCUGCUUCGCGCAGUCGGUUGUGUUGCGAGGGAUCGGCAAACGGCAACAAGUGAGCAACGCCCCUCCAGGAACCGAACCCAAGUCCAUCCUUCACAUGUGCGAGACCGGCCAGGAAGUGCUGGCCCGUUACUUACACACCGUCUCUCCUCGGACUCUGAGCACUUCUCUUUUGCUGCAAAGACCCUGCAAGCUUUUGGCUCCGUACCCCCAAUUUUUCUCGCCUUUCCUGAACAAGCACGGAUUUCUGUCGGAGAAGCCAUUGUACAGCCCAGCAAGUAAGGACACACACACACACACACACACGAACACACA